ACAUGCUAUGGUCAUUGAGCAUUAAUUUUUGUAGAAAUCAAAGUAAUUCAGUUGAACUGGCCAACCGGCGAACCGCAAAUAUUUGUAAUAGUUACUUCGGGAGUUUUUAGGGUAAUUUUAUUUUUAACAAAUUGAAUUCGGUAUUUUCAAUGUUUACCCUUAAUUGAAUUAAUAAAGUAUUAUUGUUGUUUUUAAUUUGCUUUAUUUUUACCUUAUUUACCAUUAUAUUAAAAUUAUCAUUUAUGCUUGAAAUUCCCAAUAGGAAGGCGAUAGGUGGUGGAAAACAAGGAAAUGCAAAUAAGGAGGCUCUUCUUCUUUGCGUUUCGUGAGUUUGGGAUGUCUGGUGGGCUGUUUGCAUACGGGACUCGCUCCCCCCCUCCAUGUGAUAAAGUAGCAAAGGAAAUUUCUUCUUCGACCAAAAAAAAAAAAAGCAAGGAAAAUUUCUUCUUAGGUUUUUCUUUUUGAAAAAUUAAAAUACAAAUCAUUAAAUGCAAAAGGACAUGUGAGGCUGAAACCUGCAACCCAAGCCCUGCGUGUAACUUCCUAAAUAGUUCUUAAGUACGCUACAUGUCGCCGACAUCAUAAAUGAAAGGAAAGGCUCCUCUCCUACCCCAAAUCCUUGACCAAUCCUCCUCUUCCUUUUAUUUUUCUUUUUUAGAAUUUUCUGACCCUUGCCUGCAACUGCAAAUAUCUCUCCACAAUGCGUAUUCAUGGGUUAUAAUUUUUUUUUUUUAAUGUUUUCCCAAUAAAAGAUAUACUACCCAUGAACAAAUUAUUUUAAUAUUGAAGCCAUAGUAGUAUGCCGAGUAGAUGCACGCAUAUGUUGGAAAGCUUGUCAGUCCAAAAGCAGGGAGCGAUCAACUUCACCUUUGACUGCAUUUAUUAGGCUCAAUGAAGUUGGAUGGACUUGCUUUGCUUGCUUGCAUUAUUAUCUUUCGAACAGUAGUGGCUUCCUCUGUUCAUUCAGCUCUGUCCUAAAAAAUUCACAAAUAAUUGUGGCUAUAUAUUGUUCUGUAUUUAUAAUAAUGGAUUCCCAAACAGGCACUAACGUGUAGCAAAGUGAUUGUCAGGACUCGCUCAGGAGAGCACCCUGUAGACAAUAUAGAAACUGAAACCCAUGAAUCUAACCCCCACCAAUCCCAUCCAUCAUUUUGUUUGUUGGUUUUCUUUUCGUUUCUUCCAUUUUGAUCUGGAAAAAGUUUCACCCUUUCCCGUUUUCUCACUGACCAAACAAUCCUCAAAUAAAUAUUUUAUCUUAUAAUUAAUUUCAAUAUAAACAGGAGGGUCAUAUCAUAGUGCGUCCGUACACUGUUGGUCAUUAUCGAGGCUCGAGGGCCAUUGCUCUUCUCUUUCCCAAUAAAUUUUCCCUCUCUGCAACAAGAGAAUCCGUCAUUAAUGUUCUCGCUUUCAUCAUCAAUGCACUUCUCUUUCUUGCCAGUUCUGUGAAAAGAAAAACGUCAAAAAUGAAAUCCCAUUAAUCGCUGUUCACUGUUUGUACUGGUUUCUUUGCUCAAUGAUAUGAUCGAAACCUCCUCAAUGCCUGUAGCUUUCAUGCACAUAUAAAUACAUACACUUGCACAAUACAACCCUAUAUUUAUUGCUUUUACAGCUUCAAACUCGCUUAUCGUCCUUUCUUCCACCCACAAUAAAUUCUCACUUCAAAUUUCCCUGGAUAAGAGCAAGCUAGCAUUCAAAUCUCCCUCUCUCUCUCUCUCUCUCUCUCUCUCUCUCGCAGGCUAUUGAUUCACUUCGCAGCUCGUCUCUUGCAGCUCCAGCUUAUUCACUUCUUGAAAAGUUGCUCGCUUUUCUUGAUCCUUGGUGACAAAAGUGAUAUAUUUCUAGCUGGGUAGGUGAUUUUGUGCUAUUGCUGAGUGUUAGUUGAAGUGAGAUAAAAAGAGAUGGGAAGAACACCCUGUUGUGAUAAGAAGGGAUUGAAAAAGGGACCCUGGACACCUGAAGAAGAUGAGAUUCUUAUCAGUUACAUCAAGAAGAAUGGACAUGGCAGUUGGCGCUCUCUCCCUAAGCUCGCAGGUCUUCUUCGCUGUGGUAAGAGUUGCCGGCUUAGAUGGACCAACUAUCUUAGGCCAGAUAUAAAACGAGGUCCCUUCACUCUUGAAGAGGAGAAACUUGUCAUUCAGCUUCAUGGUAUUCUUGGAAAUAGGUGGGCUGCCAUUGCCUCUCAGCUACCAGGCAGAACAGAUAAUGAGAUAAAGAACUUGUGGAACACCCACCUGAAGAAACGCCUUCUUUGCAUGGGACUUGACCCCCAAACUCAUGAGCCCUUUACCUCUUGUGGACCAGCCAUAAAAGCACCUGCAUCCCCUGCUACUCGCCAUAUGGCACAAUGGGAGAGUGCUAGGCUUGAAGCUGAGGCUCGGCUUUCCAGGGAGUCCUCACUCUUCAAUCCACCAACUCCAGGGAAAAGUGAUAAUGAUUAUUUCCUGCGAAUAUGGAAUUCUGAAGUUGGAGACUCAUUUCGAAAAUUCAAUCAGGCAGAUAAAACUACUCGCAAAAGCCCUGCUUCAGCAUCUCAGGCGUCUUCAUCGACUAAAUGUGGAUCAGUUUCAGCUGUCACUGCUGAUAUUAGCCCCAACUUAGCAGGCUGCUCUACCACAGCACGCAAUCAAAAUGAAGAUACAGAGUGCAAGAGCUGCAAAUCUUAUGCUGAAGAUUUGAAUGCUGGGUCUGAUUCAUCAAGCUCCCUUGAGUUGGAGGAUUCUUCAGACUCAACACUACAACUUUUGUUGGAUUUUCCCAUUAACAAUGAUAUGAGUUUCUUGGAAGAAAACAUGGACGGCUAUGCCACUUAUUCGGCAAUGUAGUUUUGUGAACAAGAUCUUGCAGUGUAAUUUGAAGCCUCGUUUGCUUGAAUCUGAACUACCUUUUUGGGUCUAAGAGCUAUGAAGCCAUGUAAAAGCAGACAAAAACUUAUAGAGAUUAAUGGCUAGUUAUUAUGUUAGAUUCUUCGUCUGAGUUAGAAGGUGUGGAAACGUUAACAAUUCCUAGUCUUAAUAUUGGAGCCCUGCUAUUUAUAUUUAUAGAGAGAAGAUAUAUAAUUCUUUGUGACCUAAUCUUUUCAGAUUUUAGAUUGGCAAAUAUGCUCUAUAUGUACACUGCAAUUGUCCACAUGGAAGGACGCUUGUUCUCUAGAA